AUGAUUACAAUUCAAUCUCAAUAUAAAAUCUAUCUACCUGCUUUUGGUUUAUCGAUUCUAUUUGGAGUUGGUUUUUCUUAAGAGUUCAAUCCAGAUGGCUAUGGGGAAGACUAUUUCCACACUAACUAAGAAUUGACCAAUGUUGGGAAAGCUGGAAUGGUUCUAGGAUUUACAUCUAUCGGUAUAGCACUUAUUUAUGCACUAGUUAGAAUAGUAAUUGAUUAACUUGAGACUCACAAAAGAUAUGACAAGCAAUUAUUUGAUGCCAGAGCAAGAAUGCUAGAACUUGGAUUAAAUGUUGAAGAAAUUGACAAAGAGUAUGAAAGAUCCUUGAGAAAGCAGUAGAAGGCUAAGAAAGGGCUCUUAAAGCACUAAUUUGACUCUGAGGAGGAAGAAAUGGCUUAAUCUCAUGGCUCAGAAACUGUAAAAAUAAGUGACGCUAGCUUGGGAGCAAGUUAAAAUAACAAAGUUCAAGAUGAGAAAAAAGGAAGAAGAGGGAAAAAUAGUUAAGCAUUGACUUCAUUUAACUGA